AUGAUGCAAGCUGCUAAGGAAGUCUUGCUGUGGUGUGCUACACCCGAUGGUGUGCUGAGGGCCAAAAAUAAACUUCCUCAACGGGACUUUGACUUUGUAGAAAAUGUUUACUAUGAACGACAGAAGCAUGAUAAUAUUCUUUAUUACCUUGACCAGAAGAUCAGGAGGGAAGAUAGUGAGGGACUGUUUGCUCAGGUGACCACCAACUCUACUCUGAUCACUACAGUAGAUGUAGCAGAGCUGUCCCAAUACCUCCACAUUCCUCACACACAGAUAACACUACUCACUCUACAGUCAUUUGACACAGAGCAACAGUUCUGUAGACAAGUCAAACAAAGUUUUGAGAGAGACUUGACUGCUGAUUCACUGUUGAUUGUACAGUGUGACAGUGGAAAUGAGAAUGCUAGCCUUGUGGCCUGUGCCCAGUAUUCUGUGUUAGAUAAACUACAACAGCUGGAAGAUGAGAAGACAGGGAAGACACACAUUGUCUUCAUCAUCCAUCUCCCCAGGGUGGCAGGUGGAGGAUUCACGGGAUUCCAGUGUGGUUUAUGGCACUCUGUUCACAUCGACGAUCUUAGACCAGAUGGUGAUAAAAUGCCCAGUUUUCUGGAUUUAAAGAAUAAGAGUGCAGGAACUUUACUAGAAAGUGGUACUGACCCCUCUAAACACAGAGACACAGAAGAAAUGGACUGGGAGGGGAGGUCAGAUUAUGAUAAACCGGAAACUGAGGACAUAGAAAUGGAGGAUCAGGAUGUUUAUCUGCAUGACUUUGGCAGCAUGAUGGAGCGAACAGGACAAGUCCAUGUGGAGAAGAAGGUGGAUAUUCCAUUCUUCAUCAAAAUGACAGCACAUACAGCCCUGGCCAUGGUGAAAGAUCCAGCUGAGGACUCAGCAAGGACAACCGAGAGAGUGAAAAUUCUGUUAGAGCUUCUACACCAAGUAACAAAAGAAAAAAUGACAUUCAUGCAAGGAGUUGUGCACCACCUAACGGCCCUGAUGAAGGAGAGAGAGGAGACCAUGGGGCAGUCUACUGUGAGUUGGUUGUAUUCAGAGGCCACCAACAGGGACUGUAUAAACAGGGCAGGAACUUUCAGAAAAGCUCGAAACCAGUGCAUCAUUAAGAAAUUGUCCCCCAUUUUGGCUGGCAUUGUUGCUCAAGUGGACACCAGUAAUAACCUUGACCUUUUGAUUAAGACUGACCCAGAUACCUGGCAGCACAAACUUUGGCUUGAGAUCAUCAAUGACCCCUCAGUCACACAGAUAGAAUAUUCCAUGAUUGUGUCCCCCAAAAGACAGCAGGAACUUCCCGAGGUGAUGGUGAGGGGGACGGGGUGUGAUGGACAGAAAUUUACAGCUCAGAUGCCUUUCUCCUGGCUGAUAUACAACCAGAUUGACCGAACCAUGAGGACGUCACAAGAUCUUGAAAAAUAUGAAACAAUUCAAGAAUUGGUCCAAAGAGUAACAAAUAUCAUAGAAAACACACCUAUUGGAAAAGUGCUUCAAAAGUGUCUAUGUGAAGUCAGGGUGCCUGAAUUUGUCAAGACAUAUCUCAGUGAUUUUGUUUAUAUGGUAUAUCAUGUGACCAGUGUUGAGGAGCAUGGGCUGGUGUGUGAAACUUUACUGAAUGGAAUGAAUAUUGACUUCAAAGAAGGACUGCAGAGUGUUGUGAUGAACUUUGUAGCAAUUCAUGCUGUAUAUAAUAAAGUUGUACCAAGACUGAGAAAUUUUGCCAGUAUUACACGAGUGUGGCCUGAGUGUAUUGCUAAAAUUAUCGAGUUCCAGCAGAAAAGUCCUCAAUUUUUCCUUGUCACAAAUGCAGAACUGACCCUGGAUAUACUUGGCCUCUACCUGUUGUUAAAAUCUUUGGAGCCUGGUGAGGACUCACUAAAUGACAACAGGGGCAGACAAUACUGGCAGAAACAGGUACUCAAGUACCGGCCUGUGGUGGAGAGGAUUCUGGGACAGUUUGUACAGGAGGUGGAUCCAUCAGGAGUGGAGGAGUUUGGGAGAAGGUGUAGGGAGGGCAGUAAGGAAGCCAGAUGCCAGUGGAGUAAGGUUGUAGUCAUGAAACUGUUUCUUCAGCAUGUCUGUGCAGAGGACACAGCAAUCCCAGUGGAGCGAUGCAAGACGUUAUGGGUGAUGCUUAAAGAUAAUGUAGAUUUCAAGAACAUUGAAGCUUUGGAAAAGGUGGAGAAAUUCCUGAAAAUGUGUAUGAAAAAAGCAGUCACCACAGCAUUCGGGAGGUUAGAUAGCUGUAAAGCCUGUGAAAGAGAGAUCACCGAGAGACCUAUACAACUCGCCUGUAAGGACGUCAUCUGUAUCAUUUGUUACAAUGACAUGAAGAUACUGAGAUCUACUGAAUGUCCUGUCUGUCAUGAUGAAAUUCCUGAUCACUUCAAUCCAAAUCAAGACAACACCAAAAACCUGAGGAUGCACAAACUCAGGGUCUUCCAAAGACACUGUAACAGUUUCUUUAUGGAUCUUGUGUCCCAGCUGUGUUUUACUGAUGAGGAGCCACCGUCCAGUGCAGUGGUUCAGAAGCUAAUGUCUUACAUUACCACCACAGCUCGAAAGGGCCAGGGAGGGAGAAUGGCCAGUAAGGAGUUGUCAGUGUUUGAGGAAGGCAUUGAUCCUACACCAGUCCUACGAUCCUUCUUCCUACAACACCUUAUAAGGACCAGCUCUGGAGAAGUAAGCGAGUGUCUACAGAUUUACUUGGAUCAAGUGGAGGAGCUGAUGUCCCUCAAAGAAAAUGAAGACAAAAUGAUAGAACUCUCUCUGUUGGUCAUUAAUUGCCUAGAGGACUCCCUGCACCAAGAGGUUACCAAAAGUGUUGACCCAGAAAAAUCCAAAAUCAAGAUGGCCACCCAGAUGCUUCAGCAC